GAUCACUCCCUCCAUCUUCACCUCCUCUUUUCUCUCCUUUUUUUUUUACCGCAAACUUCCCUAAUUUCCCUUCACUCUCACCUCUCUCUCACCUCUUACUCGAUUGUCCUACCUUCCCCCUAUUUAUCCCCGUUAUCUUCCGUCAAUCCUCUCUAGUUUGUGAGACGAUUCGCAAUCUGUCCACUACUGUACAAUAACAACUUGUCACAUCCGCAACUUCACUCCCCCACAUUCCUGUUUCCCUGGUUUUCUGUAUGACUAUUGCCUGUUGACACAACAUAUCUAUUUAAUUUGGUUGCUAUUGCUUAAUCUGCCUCCCCAUUAUUUCUUCCCUGUACUGUGACGGUGUACAACCGCCAUCAUGCGUGCGACUGAAGUCCUCUAUUAUAUGCUCCGGCCCAGCCAGUUGAGGGCCAUCGUUCAGUGGAAAGUCUGGCAUAACCCUGUCCAUGAACGAAAUGUGAAGAAUGAAACAGAGACACAGAAGGCUUGCUUCAAGUUCCUCGACUUGACAAGUCGGAGUUUCAGCGCGGUGAUCCAGGAGCUGCAUCCCGAACUGUUGCUCCCAGUAUGCGUAUUCUACCUCGUUCUUCGCGGUUUGGAUACCAUCGAAGACGACACGUCGAUUCCUCUAAAAACCAAGGAGCCAAUGCUGCGAGAGUUUAAGGACUACCUGGAACAGGACGGCUGGACGUUCGAUGGGAACCGCCCCGAAGAGAAGGACCGUGAACUGCUGGUUCAGUUUCACAAUGUCAUUGCCGAGUUUAAGAACAUGAAGCCGGCUUACCGGGAGAUUGUCAAGGAUAUCACUGACAAGAUGGGCAACGGUAUGGCUGAUUACUGCCGAAAGGCGGAAUUCGAGGAUGCCAGCGUCAAGACAAUCGAGGAGUAUGAUCUCUACUGCUACUAUGUAGCCGGCUUGGUGGGUGAAGGACUGACUCGCCUCUUUGUUGAGGCGGAGUUCGGCAACCCAGCAUUGCUCACACGCCCGCGUCUCCACAAAUCCAUGGGACUCUUUUUGCAGAAGACGAACAUCAUUCGUGACGUGCGGGAAGACCACGAUGAUGACCGACACUUCUGGCCCAAAGAAAUUUGGUCCAAGUAUGUCACCGAGUUUGAGGACCUCUUCAAGCCCGAGAACCGCGAGACUGCUCUCAACUGUGGAUCCGAAAUGGUUCUCAAUGCUCUGGAGCACGUCGAAGAGUGUCUGUUCUACCUCGCUGGCCUCCGCGAGCAGAGUGUUUUCAACUUUUGCGCCAUUCCCCAGGCUAUGGCCAUUGCUACCCUGGAGCUUUGCUUCCGUAACCCGGUCAUGUUCGAUCGUAAUAUCAAGAUCACCAAGGGCGACGCCUGUCAGUUGAUGAUGGAGUCGACCCAAAACCUCCAUGUUCUCUGUAAUACCUUCCGCCGCUAUGCGCGCCGGAUCCAUCAGAAGAAUACUCCUAAGGAUCCCAACUUCCUCAAGAUCAGUAUUGUUUGUGGAAAGAUUGAGAAGUUCAUGGACACGAUCUUCCCCCAGCAGACUGCCGCUCAAGCCAAGCUCAAGGUGCAAGGCGAGAAGUCGGAAGCUGAAAAAGAGAAGGCCAAACUGGAAGCUGAAACGCGCCAGGAUCUGUACUUCAUGUUGGCUUUGAUGGGUGUGAUUGUGCUGAUCGUAUCAAUCAUAAUGCUUACUACUGCGUGGCUACUGGGCGCCCGCUUCGACCUUGCGUGGCAAGAGCUGAGGACCGGCAACUUCCGUCCCCCUGCCAAAAAGAUUCCCGGAGAAUUGUAAGCGUGAGUUACGGAUUUACGACGCCUUUGUUUUAUCAGCAGAUGACCGCGCAUGGCUCUUGUUUAUAUUACCCUUCUUGCCAUGACGCUAUAUGUUUAACUAAUAACGAUAAUAUCUUCUUCCCUUUCACCCUCUCUGUUUACAGUAUUACUUGUGUGGGAACAGUGGCAGGUCAACUAGCACGGAUGUCAAAUUGCAAUCUAGCCCUUUCAUGGCUGUGGUUGUGCCGAAGAAGUGCUGAAAUUGAGAGUGAGAUUUCUCCGACCAGUGACGUACUAGAUGUGUGUCCUGCAGCUUUGCUGAGAUGGCAUACCUCCAUUGACGAUCUGGAACAUCCUUGUAUCUUCGCCUUGUAGUGCUUUGUACACGUAUCGUACUAUGAUAGUCUAGUCUACUACUGAGGUAGUUGAAUACCAUUGAUUGAUUAUACACUUUCUUUCCAUUGAUAAUAUUCUUAUCGUAUUUUCUGAUAAACAACUAGCCUACGCCAUAUCCCAUCCCCAUAGAGUAUCACCAUCCAUCUAGAAUCCAUCAACAUACUACACCCC